UUUGGUGUUUUUAGGUUUGCUUGUUUUACAUUUUUAUAGUUGUUUCAAUCUAUUUCUUCUAUUUUUCCAUGAUUGAUUUUUUCUUUAUUUGUAUUAUUUUUUGCAUUUUUUAUUGUUUCCACCCUGUUUGUGUACUUUUGCAUUUCCCGCCUUUCAUUUUUCAGAGAAGGUUGUUUUUUGAAGUUAUACACUUUUUUCUCAUUUUUAUUUUUUUCCCUUUAUUUAGAUAUUAGGUAUUAGAAUGGGUCAUUUGCUUUUUUUAAAAAAAAAAAAAAACAUUUUUUAUAGUUUUUAAAAAUAUAUAUUGUUCUAUUUUUCCUUAUUUCCUUUUUGAGUUUUUCCCUUUAUUUUUCUUCUUUUAUAUUUCUUUAUUUUCACAGAUUGUUGGUUUUAUUUCUUCUGUUUUAUUUACUUUGGGUGCUUUAUUUUAGUAUUUUUUCAGAAUAGGUUUGUUUCUAUUUUCCCUUGUUCUUUUUUUACUCAUUUGCUUAUUUAUUUUUAUUUUUUCCAUCCUUUUUUACCCUUUUAUUUUUCAGAGAGGCCUUUUUUUUACAUGAUACGUUUUAUUACCCGGUUUACCUUUUUCUUAUUUUUAUUUUUUUCCUUUUUAACAUUUUUUUCUUUUAAAAAAACACAUUUUGAAUACUGUGAAUUUUUCCUUUUUUCCUACUUUUAUUUCAUUUUUUUCCCAUCAUUUCUCUUACUUCUUUGCAUCCCCUUUUUUCAGUUUUAAUUUUUUUUUUAACUAAGAAAAAUUGCCCUACAAAGAUCGAUGAAUUGAAUGAAUUGGAACAUUUAGACUGCUCAUAAUGAUCCCUUUAAUAAAGAUAACGUGUCCAGCUUGACACAUGAUUGGCUGAAAAGGUGUAAAAUGAAAAUAGAGACAAAUACCAAGACACGCACACACACAAGUACACAAAAAAAGGAGUACACAAUAAGCACGGCCAAUAGGAAAAACGCCUCCCAGUCUUGAGGAGGGACGGGGUGGUGGAUUCAAACUAAGUCUGAAGGCUUUCUAGUCACUGGAACACUUUCUCUCACACACACGCACACACACACGCACACACUGGGAGCUGAGCUAUGGUCUCACUGUCUUCAAGCUCUGGAGCUGCUGUCUAGAACCCAGGAAGAGACGAAACAAUAUGACAGACAGCUCAAAAAUCAAAGAGCCUGAGGAGACUACAGACUUUGUUGUCAUGGAAACCGGAGCCUGGCAGCGGACACAAGGACCGCCGAUGGUGGAAUGACCUGCCCUGACCGCAUCCUCCACACGCUACCGUCACGCUGUGCAACUGUGCUGAGAGAAUGCUGUGGAGACUAACCAUCCCAGUCAUACUGGCUGGCGUGCUCUGCAUCACCGUGGAGACCAAAAAGCCCCGCCCCCAGGGCUCCAUCCCGUCCCCGUACAAGACUAAAGGGAACCUGUCCUCCGAGCGCCACCACCGGCUACUCCAGCAGAAGCCCGAGGUGCUCUCCUCCAGCCGGGAGGCCUUGGUGGUGACGGAGCGCCGCUACCUCCGCAGAGACUGGUGUAAAACCCAACCCUUACGCCAGACCAUCAGCGAGGGGGGAUGCCGGAGCCGCACGGUGGUCAACCGCUUCUGCUAUGGCCAGUGCAACUCCUUCUACAUCCCCCGGCACAUGGGUUCCCAGAAUCGAGGACAAGGCUCCGGGAGCGGAAGGAAAGGCAACAAUAAAACCCAGGAGCCGUUUCAGUCGUGCUCCUUCUGCAGGCCGCACCGCGUCACGCAGCUCACGGUGCAGCUGGAUUGCCCCGACCUGCAGCCGCCCUUCAGGCACCGCAAAGUGCAGAGAGUCAAACAGUGUCGCUGCAUGUCGGUGGACGUGAGCGGACAUGGAAAGCUGUGACGGUGGACGUGGAAAUGCUGCUGCGAAGAACUGCGUCUUGUACCUCUUUCAAAUGAAACACAGAACGACACAACGCUGAUUAAAGGGCAUUGGGGGCAUGGUGGGACUUGGUUUGGACUAGACAUGGACUUUAAAGCCAGGGAAGAGUCCAAAACCACAGAAAACCUGUUGCAGGUGUAGACUGGACAUCAGGAGGACUGCUUUUCUUUUAUAGUGCUUUUCAGUGUCCUAAAUGAUGCACAAUAUGUUGUUAAGAUGCAACAACAACAAGGGCGAGAAUUGAUCUGUUUGGACACAAGACUGUGUACACGUGUCAUGAAUAGGCAGAAAAGAGACAAAAAACAAUACAGCCCAACAUGUCACCAGACUUUAGUAGAACUUAAGCAAAUUCACUAAGGAAAAGGAUUGUCACAAUAAGAUAUAUUUUACCAUCCAGUUGGGAAAUACCAGUUUGCAUUUGCAUACGGGGGUGUAGCACUAUGCCGUAAUCGCGGUUUGGUACGUACCUCGGCUCUAAGGUCACAGUUUGGUUCCAUUUGGGUACAGUAGGGGAAUAAAAUGCAAAACAUAGAUUUUGGGCAAACAGGUUUCCAUCCAUCCAUUUAAACACAAUUACCAAAUAAAAAAUAAAAACAAAUAAAUACAUAAGAAAUUAUAAAAAAUAGUCUAAAACUUUUUUUUGUUUUUUUUAGAAAAAUGCAGCAGUAACAGUUUGAAUUCUUGUUGGGGUUUUUUAAACUAAACUAAAGCUCCUUAUUGCCUAAAAUGCACAUUACAAAUAAAAAGUCGCAAGGUACACUUCCUGUCCCUCAUUUUUCAUGUGUCCCGUGUGGGAACAACGUACGCCUCUGUACCCCUGUUUUCAUAGCAUUAUUUUUUUUUAAUUGAGAAUCUCCACUUUUGUCCUGCUAAAUUCAUGUGAGAACAGACUGUGUAGACGUGUGUAGACGUGUGUAGACGUGUGUAGACGUGUGUAGUCCAAGUGCAAUGCAGUAUGUAUUAUACAGUAUACACAUUUGAUCUAUGUGCAUAUGUGAAAAAUAUAUGAAUAAAUCUAUUUCAU